CUGCGCAGGCGCGCGGCACCCCGCCUCCCCAGCGACUGCUCCCGGGCGGGCGGUGCGGGCCCUCCCACUCUACCCCGCGCCGCCUCACGGCCCCGGCCCUCGCUUCACCCUGACGCCCCGGCGUGCGCGUCCUCCUGCCGGCCUGCAGGCUCGGGGCCUCCGCCUGCUUCCCCACAGCUGCUCCUCGCGGCCCCGCUCCCGUUCACGCUGUCGCCCGGGCCGGCACGGCCGCGGGCAACCGCUCCCCUCCCACACCUACCCCGCCCCCUCCCCGCCUUUUCCGCCCUCCCGUUCCCCUCCCUCGGCCCGCUGCCGCUGCUCCAGAUGAGGUGAUGGCAACGGCCAACUUCGGCAAGAUCCAGAUCGGGAUUUACGUGGAGAUCAAGCGCAGCGAUGGCCGAAUACAUCAAGCAAUGGUAACAUCUUUAAAUGAAGAUAAUGAAAGUGUAACUGUUGAAUGGAUAGAAAAUGGAGAUACAAAAGGCAAAGAGAUUGACCUGGAGAGCAUCUUUUCACUUAACCCUGACCUUGUUCCUGAUGAAGAAAUUGAACCCAGCCCAGAAACACCUCCACCUCCAGCAUCCUCAGCCAAAGUAAACAAAAUUGUAAAGAAUCGACGGACUGUGGCUUCUAUUAAGAAUGAGCCUCCUCCAAGAGAUAAUAGAGUGGUUGGUUCUGCACGUGCACGGCCCAGUCAGUUUCCUGAACAGUCUUCCUCUGCACAACAGAAUGGUAGUGUUUCAGAUAUAUCUCCAGUUCAAGCUGCAAAAAAGGAAUUUGGACCCCCUUCACGUAGAAAAUCUAAUUGUGUGAAAGAAGUAGAAAAACUGCAAGAAAAACGAGAAAAAAGGAGACUGCAACAGCAAGAACUUAGAGAAAAGAGAGCCCAGGAUGUUGAUGCUACAAACCCAAAUUAUGAAAUUAUGUGUAUGAUCAGAGACUUUAGAGGAAGUUUGGAUUAUAGACCAUUAACAACAGCAGAUCCUAUUGAUGAACAUAGGAUAUGUGUGUGUGUAAGAAAACGACCACUCAAUAAAAAAGAAACUCAAAUGAAAGAUCUUGAUGUAAUCACAAUUCCUAGUAAAGAUGUUGUGAUGGUACAUGAACCAAAACAAAAAGUAGAUUUAACAAGGUACCUAGAAAACCAAACGUUUCGUUUUGAUUAUGCCUUUGACGACUCAGCUCCUAAUGAAAUGGUUUACAGGUUUACUGCUCGACCACUAGUGGAAACUAUAUUUGAAAGGGGAAUGGCUACAUGCUUUGCUUAUGGGCAGACUGGAAGUGGAAAAACUCAUACUAUGGGUGGUGACUUUUCAGGAAAGAACCAAGAUUGUUCAAAAGGAAUUUAUGCAUUAGCAGCUCGAGAUGUCUUUUUAAUGCUAAAGAAGCCAAACUAUAAGAAGCUAGAACUUCAAGUAUAUGCAACCUUCUUUGAAAUUUAUAGUGGAAAGGUGUUUGACUUACUAAAUAGGAAAACAAAAUUAAGAGUUCUAGAAGAUGGAAAACAGCAGGUUCAAGUUGUGGGAUUACAGGAACGGGAGGUCAAAUGUGUUGAAGAUGUGCUGAAACUCAUUGACAUAGGCAACAGUUGCAGAACAUCCGGUCAAACAUCUGCAAAUGCACAUUCAUCUCGGAGCCAUGCAGUGUUUCAGAUUAUUCUUAGAAGGAAAGGAAAACUACAUGGCAAAUUUUCUCUCAUUGAUUUGGCUGGAAAUGAAAGAGGAGCUGAUACUUCCAGUGCGGACAGGCAAACUAGGCUUGAAGGUGCUGAAAUUAAUAAAAGCCUUUUAGCACUCAAGGAGUGCAUCAGAGCCUUAGGUAGAAAUAAACCUCAUACUCCUUUCCGUGCAAGUAAACUCACUCAGGUGUUAAGAGAUUCUUUCAUAGGUGAAAACUCUCGUACCUGCAUGAUUGCCACGAUCUCUCCAGGAAUGGCAUCCUGUGAAAAUACUCUUAAUACAUUAAGAUAUGCAAACAGAGUAAAGGAGUUUGGAAUUAGUCCAUCAGACAUUCCCUUCUCACAGGGUAGUGGCAGUCGCCCUGAUCUCUCUCCUUCUUAUGAAUAUGACGACUUUUCUCCUUCAAUUACCAGGGUGAAAGAACUGACUGUAGAUCCAACUGCUGCUGGUGAUGUUCGUCCAAUAAUGCACCAUCCACCAAACCAGAUUGAUGACUUAGAGACACAGUGGGGUGUGGGGAGUUCCCCUCAGAGAGAUGAUCUAAAACUUCUUUGUGAACAAAAUGAAGAAGAAGUUUCUCCACAACUGUUUACUUUCCAUGAAGCUGUCUCACAAAUGGUAGAAAUGGAAGAACAAGUUGUAGAAGAUCACAGGGCAGUGUUCCAGGAAUCUAUUCGAUGGUUAGAAGAUGAAAAGGCUCUCUUAGAGAUGACUGAAGAAGUAGACUAUGAUGUCGAUUCAUAUGCCACACAACUUGAAGCUAUUCUUGAGCAAAAAAUAGACAUUUUAACUGAGCUGCGGGAUAAAGUGAAAUCUUUCCGUGCAGCUCUACAAGAAGAGGAACAAGCCAGCAAGCAAAUCAACCCGAAGAGACCCCGUGCCCUUUAAACCAGCAUUUGCUGCUAAAGGAUCCCCAGAACCCUCACUACUGUAACAUAAAACGGUUCAGCUGUAAGGGCCAUUUGAAAGUUUGAAAUUUUAAAGUGUCUGUGGAAAAUGUUUUGUCCUUCACCUGAAAUUACAUUUCAAUUUUGUGAAACACUCUUUUGUCUACAAAAUGCUUCUAGUCCAGGAGGCACAACCAAGAAUUGGGAUUAAUGAAGCAUUUUGUUUCAUUUAUGCAAAUAGUGAUUUACUUUUGGAGAUCCUUGUCAAUUUUAUUUUCUAUAUGAUGAAGUAAGACUGUGGACUCAAUCCAGAGCCAGAUAGUAGGGGGAAGCCACAGCAUUUCCUUUUAACUCAGUUCAGUUUUUGUAGUGAGACUGAGCAGUUUUUAAUCCUUUGCGUGCAUGCAUACCUCAUCAGUGACUGUACAUACCUUGCCGACUCCUAGAGACAGCUGUGCCCACCUUUUCCUGCUUUGUGCCUUGACUAAGGCUACUGACCCUAAAUUUCUGAAGCACAGCCAAGAAAAAUUACAUUCCUUAUUUGUCAUUGUAAAUUACCUUUGUGUGUACAUUUUUACUGUAUUUGAGACAUUAUUUGUGUGUGACUAGUUAAUUUUGCAGGAUGUGCCAUAUCAUUGAACGGAACUAAAGUCUGUGACAGUGGAUAUAGCUGCUGGACCAUUCCAUCUUAUAUGUAAAGAAAUCUGGAAUUAUGAUUUAAAACCAUAUAACAUGUGAUUAUAAUUUUUCUUAGCAUUUUCUUUGUAAAGAACUAAAAUAUAAACUAGUUGGUGUAUAAUAAAAAGUAAUGAAAUUCUGAGAAGAGUUUUAUCUUAGGAAAAUACAUAUAUAUGCAGUGUGUGUGCCAGUGUGGUAUUAACAAGACUAAUAGUGCAAUUUGAUCCUUAUCAAUAUGAUUACUUAAUUUGAAGUGUUCAUUAGCACCCUAAAACAUACCUUUUCUAUGUACUGUUAAAGGAAAUUGGCUUCUGAUGCAUGAACAUUUACAUGUACAUUGAAAGUAGUCCAUAAUAGAAGUUAGUUUAAGCCAAGUGUAGACAGUACAUUACACCCUUGAAAAAGAAUUAAGCUGCAAAAGAGUUGACUUUGCCUUAAAAGGCAGAUCUAACCCAAGCUCCAUCCAGUACCAAAUGUGAAGCUUCAUCAUUAUUUGGUGAGAAUCACCAAAUUCUCACAGUACAUUGGUGUAGGGCAUGCUACUUUUUAAUAAGGGCAGCACUUAUUUUUACAGAUUGCUACUCUAAGAAAGAAAACUGGCCACUUUUCAUGUAAAUAUUUUGUUAAAAGAUUUUGUAUAUCUCUCUAGGAGUUUUUCCUCAGUUCCCAGGAUAGGGUCUGGGAGUAGAUUAACAACUAAAAAUCUCCCAAGGAUAUCUUGUUUUGAUUUAUUUACUCUAGGGAACUACCAGCUCAUUCAUAGGAGCCAAAGGGAAGCUAUGAAUAGAGAGUCAUAUGAGCCAGAUUCUUUAUUGUUCAUAAAACCCAGAGAGUAGUUGUGAAAGAUCCUAAUACAAUUGUGAAAAGCUCUGUAAACAUGAAAUCUAAACCAAAUGUAGAUUUUCACAAUAUGCUUAUUAAUAAAUGAAGUCUAUGGAAUGAGUUUUAGAGAUAAUUUACUUCAAUACAAUCACCUUUGUUUUGGAAGGGACUCAGGUUUUCUAGCAGCUGUAAGAUAUAUUCUAUUUGUGUUUAUUUCAAAGGGAAGAGGAAGAAUGGAGAACUGUUACAAUUGACCUUGCAGAGGCUGUUUAAAAAGUAGUUUUUGAGAUUAACCAAACUUCAAAGGGCAAUAAAGAUGUGUGAAUUUGCUCAUUUGAAAGCACAACAGAUUAGCUUCAAAUUUAUUAUUUGCAUUGGAUGGGUACUAUGUUUGGAAAGUCUCCUUAUAGACAAAUAUGCUGCCUUACUCUAUGAUGGCUUCAUUCUGAUCCGGUAUUUAAAAAAUUAGUACCAGAAAAGAUCUUGAAGGUAGUAUAAUACAGUCCUUCAGCUUUACACAGAUAGUUAAAACUGAAGGCCAGAAAAGGAACUAAGACUCAGCAGUUUAUAGGGGUAGAGGGAACUAACCUAAGAAAGCCGAGUUAAAUGUUAAAUUGUUUUCUAUAAGGAUAGAGAUGAUACAAGUAAACUUUGCAAAAUAGUUUUGUGAGAUUAAACAAAAAAUUUGCCCUUAUGUAUAUUUCAUACUUGUUUAAAAAAAGCAGCUUGAUGCUUUUGUUCUGGAUUGAACGUUAAGAACAAGCAUUGUUUUAAUUAUAUAGUAACAUUUACUAUAUGACUCUGAAGCCAGAUUUCAAAAUCUGGCUUUGUUAAAUUAAUUGGAAACACUCCUUCUAUUAAUAUUAAGUUAGUUAUUUUAAAAAAAAAAGCCAAAUAAAGAUAUUUUUAUUAGUUUUUUAUAGAAAUAAAAUAGCUACUAUAAUUCUUUAUUAUAGUAUAUUAACAGCAGUUAGUAUUAUAUUGAUUUAAACAUAAGUAGCUAAUAAAACUUGUUUAUGACAUCUAUUGAAAUUCUCAAUCUGACAGUUUUAAAAUAGUUUAAAACUAAGCACCAGGUAUAUGAAAAAGGUACUGGAAAUUUUAGUUAUCCAGAAAUCAUAGGAAUACUGGGAACCUGUAGUUAUGGGAAAUGGCUGUUUUUCUGAAGUUGAAAGCAAACAUAAAACCAGUUUCAAUUUACAAAACCCUUUGAGAUUUUGCUAAGUUAUCUCCCUAAGAACUAAAAAGAUAAAGGUAAUUUUAUGUUAAUUUCAUUCCAGUUUAGCUUCUCAAUAUGCCUGGUACUGCCUGGUGGCAGUAGCAGGCUCAGGCUUACCCAGAACCCUAAGUCUGUUAUGCUGCAGGAUAGCGAAAGAGGUAGGCAAUCAUAACAGACAUUGUAUAGGAUAAAUAGGGAAGAGAAUGAGAGAAGCAAAAUAAAAAUGAGAAACAGUUGUUUUACUGUACAUGUGAAUAACAAGAAAUGGUAUGGGGAAUGUGAAUAACAUGAAAUGGUAUGGGGAAUGUGUGACUAGUGAAGCAUAUUUUAACUUUUUUACUACUGGAGGAACAGACCUAAAAAAGGCCUCACAGUAUAUUACACAGUAAAUAGAAGAGUAACAUCUUUAUACAAUAAACUGUUAGAAAUGAUAAGUUUAAGUAUAAAGUUGUGCGUAUCUGCGGCUCCUGAACAUGAAGAUUAUUAUUAAUAGAUUGGACCUGCUCUAUGUUAUAUAUUAAAAACAAACCAAAACAAAAAAGAACUUGCAUACUUAGAACUUUCCAACUAAAAAAUUCAGAAUAAUAAAUGGUGACAGCAGUAGUAGUAUUAAACCAAAAAUAGUCAAGUAAGGAAUGUCUCAGUAAAGCAAAAGCAUUAUCUUCUCAAAUAUAAAAAAAUGUAGAUUUCUUGACCUUGAAAAAUUCUGUUUUCCAAAUGCCUAGGAAAAAUGAAUACCUUCUGCGUUGAAUCCAUGUAGCAAUCUGAAAAAAGAAAUCAAAAUGGAACGGUACUGAAAACCUAAUUUGUAGCACCUAAUGGUAUAUAGUUUUAUACAAUUCUGAAAAACAUGAACACAGCAUGCUUACAGAGCCCACCCACUCCUAAUGCUAGUUACUAAAAAAAUGUUACUGGCUGGGUGCAAUGGCUCACACCUGUAAUCCCAGCACUCUGGGAGGCUGAGAUGGGUGGAUCACCUGAAGUCAGGAAUUUGAGACCAGCUUGGCCAACAUGGUGAAACCCCAUCUCUACUAAAAAUAUAAAAGUUAGCUAGGUGUGGUGGCACAUGCCUGUAAUUUACAGCUACUCGGGAGGCUGAAGCAUGAGAAUCGCUUGAACCUGGGAGGCAGAGGUUGCAGUGAGCUGAGAUUGUGCCAUUGCACUCCAGCGUAGGCAACAGAGCAAGACUGUCUCAAAAAAAGAAAUAUUACUGUCUGACUAAAUUUAUAAGAUAGAUAUAUAUUGGUUAAAAUAAUGCCAUGCUGGUGCUUCUUUCAUUAUAGCCUAUAUGUUAUAAUGAAUUUGACUAAAAUUGUCUUGGACUGACUGGCCGGGCGCAGUGGCUCACGCCUAUAAUCCCAGCACUUUGGGAGGCCGAGGCGGGUGGAUCACAAGGUCAAGAGAUCGAGACCAUCCUGGUCAACAAGGUGAAACCCUGUCUCUACUGAAAAUACAAAAAUUAGCUGGGCAUGGUGGCACGUGCCUGUAGUCCCAGCUAUUCAGGAGGCUGAGGCAGGAGAAUUGCUUGAACCCAGGAGGCGGAGGUUGCGGUGAGCCAAGAUCGUGCCAUUGCACUCCAGUCUGGGUAACAACAGCGAAACUCUGUCUCAAAAAAAAAAAAAUUGUCUUGGACUUUUGUUAUCCCAGGCUAAGAACUCAUUGGCACUUGUUUCAUUUCAACAUGGUAACUGAACAAGAAGCUGUUGGGAAUUGGCAGAAGUCAGAUGAAUGACCAAUCUUACAUGCCCAUUCUUCCUCUCUUGAGCUGUUAUUUAUAUUCAAAUUAAAUACACAUUGUUUCUCUCUGUAGAUACCUAUGUACUUAUUAGAUUCUAGUUAGUAAACUGUACAUGCUCAGUAACUGAGGAAAUUUAGUGAAAAUGAAGGAAAAAAUAAAACAUUUCACUUUAGACCUGAGGUUAUUUUUAGGCAGGCCCAUAGAAACAGGUCCAGAUAAAUUGUCUAAAAAAGCAAAGUAGGUACUUAAGAAUAGUAUUCAAUGCCUAGAAUUAACAUCAAAAAGACUCAGUAGUACUGCUAGCCACCCAAUAAAAUAUAAACUCCAUUUGUAUUGGUUAUAUAGAACUGUGCUUCCAGCUUAGAAAAAGUCAAACUAAUGACAUUUAUAACUAUCUACCCUCAUUGUUUAUUCAGCCUCUAGAACAUGGAAGCUUUAAAAGUGAAUUGGCUAAAUAGGCAAGAACUUCUGAAAGUUAACGUUUUAAUGACUAAAAACAGUUAAGUAGAGGUUAGUAAUUACCUGAGUAAUUAAUUGAAGCCUUUAUUUUUGUAAGACUUACUUGCUUAAUUCAAGCAAAACAAAUUUUUGUCUAAAUUACCUAGAUAAUUAUGACACCUUUUUUUUUUCUUUUUCUUUUUUUUUUUUUUUUGAGGGAAAAAGAAAAAGAAGGGGAAAAAAAGAAAAAGAGGGAAAAAGGAAUAUUACUUCAUUCCUAAAAUGGGUUUCAAUAAUGGAAUUAUGAUAUCUUUUUAUCUUAGAAGUGUAGAACUUGCCUCAGGCUACCAAAGUAACUAUGUAUUAUUACUAAACAGAUAACCAAGUAGGAUUGUGACUGACAUUAUUGUAUGCUUAACACUGAUUUAACAACAGCUAUUCCCAGUAAGGAAAUUUAUAAAAUCAGAUCCAGUUACAUGUAUUAUGAUUUUUCUACCUUUGGACUAUUUUGGAGGGAUAAGUUGUUAAGACUAAGACUAUGAAUGAGAGUUGAGGAGGGAAUGGGAAGGGAGGAACAUGCACACCAUAUUAACACAAAGGCAAUCUUCUGGCUCUGACUGUUCUUUACUACUGUUCUUAAAGAAAUGUUCAUUCUGCUGCAGCUAACUAGCCUCCAUCUUUUACACCAAAUACUAUUCCAUGCCAUGGAAGUGCUAUGCAAUAACUCUCCCCGGUAGCACCUUAUACCGCUUAAAAGCCUUUAAAAUCUCUAAUCUGAAGGUGUCACAGUAAAGAAAUGUAAACACUUAGGAAAACAAAAAUGUAAUUACCUGAUGAAGUCAUCUAUGUCCAUGGAACGGGCCCGUUUGUCACUAAAGCCUGUGCUGGUUAGGAUUUGCUGUAUUUUAUCUGCUAUGCUGAAAUCUUCUGGUAUUAUCUAUCAAUAUAAGAUUCAGAAUAAAUGAACAACAUAUCUUUAA